CAUGAUGACACCGUCUUUGUUAAAAUGAGGCGAAACGUGAACGCGAAAAUCACAGGGGCGCGCACGGCUGGUGGCCGUAAAUACGUCACCGGAGCGUUCGGUCUUUCUUUCUCUCGUCCUGAAGAUGGCGGCAGGGACUCUGUACACAUACCCAGAGAACUGGCGGGCCUUCAAGGCCCAAAUUGCAGCCCAGUACAGUGGGGCUCGCCUGAAAGUCGCCAGCAACUCCCCUGCCUUCACCUUCGGGCAGACAAACCGGACCCCUGCCUUCCUCAACAACUUCCCCCUGGGCAAGGUGCCUGCCUACCAGGGAGAUGACGGUUUCUGUCUGUUUGAGAGUAAUGCCAUUGCUCACUACUUGAGUAAUGAGGCCCUGCGUGGUGCCACUCCCCAGGCCGCAGCCCAGGUGCUGCAGUGGGUCAGCUUUGCUGACUCAGAGAUCAUCCCUCCAGCCAGCGCAUGGGUCUUCCCAACUCUGGGAAUCAUGCAGUUCAACAAGCAGGCCACAGAGCAAGCCAAGGAGGACGUGAAGAGGGCCCUUGCCGUGCUGAACCAACACCUGAACACGCGUACCUUCCUGGUGGGCGAGAGGAUCAGCCUGGCUGACAUCACUGUGGCCUGCUCCAUGAUAUGGCUCUUCAAACAGGUCUUGGAGCCCUCUUUCCGUCAGCCUUACCCCAAUGUGACUCGCUGGUUCGCCACCUGUGUCAACCAGCCCCAGUUCAAGACAGUCCUUGGGGAGGUCAAGCUGUGUGAAAAGAUGGCCCAGUUUGAUGCCAAGAAGUUUACUGAGAUGCAGCCAAAGAAAGACACUCCUCCUAAAAAAGAGAAGGCAGGAAAAGAGGCAGCCAAGCCCCAGGAGAAGAAAGAAAAGAAAAAGGAAGAGAAGAAGCCUGCUGCAGAGGAAGAGAUGGACGACUGUGAUGCUGUUUUGGCUUCUGAGCCCAAAACCAAGGACCCCUUUGCACACUUGGCAAAGAGCAUGUUUGUCAUGGAUGAGUUCAAGAGAAAGUACUCCAAUGAGGACACCCUGAAAGUAGCCAUUCCCCACUUCUGGGAGCACUUUGACAAUGAGGGCUACUCAAUCUGGUACUCCGAGUACAAAUAUGCUGACGAGCUCACAGAGGCCUUCAAAAGCUGCAACCUCAUAUCUGGUAUGUUCCAGCGCUUGGACAAACUCAGAAAGAAUGCCUUUGCCAGUGUCCUCUUGUUUGGCACCAACAACAACAGCACCAUCUCAGGCAUCUGGGUCUUCAGAGGCCAGGAGCUCGUCUUCCCUCUGUCUCCAGACUGGCAAAUCGACUACGAAUCAUAUGACUGGCGUAAGCUGGAUCCCAGCAGCGAGGAGUGCAAGACCAUGGUGAAGGAGUACUUUGCCUGGGAGGGAGAAUUUAAGCAUGUUGGUAAAGCCUUCAACCAGGGCAAGGUCUUCAAGUGAGAGGACCCUGGGACAAAAGCACUCUUUGCUUCUGCUUUCCAGCAAUUAAAACCUACUGACUCUAAGCGACCAAGUGCUUAUUACAAGAACGACAGUGUUUAAAGACAAGAGUGAUUUGUCAGCGGCCCCAUGCUGUUUUUGUGUUCUUUGACCUGCGAAAUAAAGCAUUUUCCGCAAUGCCAUCUUUUGGAUUUGA